AUGCCUGACGAACUCUAUGUGCGUUGGGUCCUUCGUGGCAUUCGCAUUCUUCGGCGCCUUGUUUACACACACUUGUCUUUGGUACGGUCGCGAUAUUCUCGGAACAUUCCUCAAGGCAGAACGCGAUAUUCACUCAACGCUGAUGCAAGUCUAUCCAUCCCCGGUGGUGGUUUACUGUUAUCAACGGGGCUGCAGUUCUAUGGAUCUUUAUUGGCCGUGGAGGUCUUCCCGUUUGGGCGGCUCUGCUCGGCGUUGUUAUCUAGCCCCCCCCGGCUCUCUUUCCUUCAAGCCAAGACCCAUCAACUUGUUAAACUGCCGUGGAAGAGUUUAUAUCAUGCCCGAAAGACCAGUGGUCCGCAUAAUCUUCGAAUCAAUUUCUUCAGCAGGGACCCAGCAAGCAGUGUCGUUCUCAAAUGA